CGGAAGUGCGUGGGCAGGCUGCGACUAAAAGUCUGUGGACUGUAAUGUAACACUGAAAUAUACGUGAUUUCUACUAAAGAACGAUGUCUCAUAUUGAUCUGCCUCGACAAGGGUUUAACUGUUAAUUUUAUCGUUCGGCUCUCUUCCAGAGAUCUAGACAUUACGCCACAUUCACUUCCCCUUCUCUUUGUUUACCGUAAGAUAAAUGCAGUCGAGAUUUCAAGCGAAGGAAAGUGCGUAUUUCCUCAGGAAAACCAGCUAGAAUGGCGCAUUCACGACCCACAGAUUUCAUGGUGGAAGAUAUGGAUUCAGAAUAAUCGAAAUGAUCCGCCACAUUUACGCAGUGGCGCAUUUCAUACUGAUGAUCGGUCUCGCCAAGACUGUUGACUUACAGCCUCCAGAUGUUAGGAUAGUGGAAUCAGAACUACAGUGGAAGUCUGCCAAUGAUGACGGUGUGCUGUAUUCAGUUCAGUACAAACGUGGCUCGAAUCCAGCGAAUGAAUGGCACAAUGUGUCAAGUCAUACUGGGACAAAAUUAAAAACAUUAUACAUCACUGCUGAAUUGUAUGGAGCAGUUUUCCGAGUGCGUGCAGAGAAAGAAAACCGCACAUCAGAAUGGCAGAAUUCGAAACCAGUCAAGUGUGUAAAUAUACAGUAUUGUGUUCCUUUGAUAAAUCUGACUGUUAAACCUGGAGUGGCUCACCUGCAAAUGGAACAUAUGGACCAGAGCUUGGUGAAAGAACUUGGAACUGAAAUUGCCUUUAAUAUAUCGUACUGGAAAGUAGCUAAUGGAGGUCAUUCAGAGGUACAGUUUUUUGUAACAAAUGGCAAGAGUCAACAUUUUCCUAACCUGGAGUCAGGACAGAAGUACUGUUUUCAGGUUCAGUAUUUGAGGUACAGUAAGCCCUAUGGAAAUACCAGCAACCAAAGAUGCGCAAUUAUCCCAGAAACAGCUGAAGAGGCAAAAAGACGCGUUUUGCUCUCAAGUAUACUAAGCACAGUUUUUGUUUUGGCCAUGUGUGGUGUCUGCAUUUUUGCACUUUUCAAGAACUACAAAAAGUUUAAACCGGUCUUUCAACCACCCCUGGAAAUUGCUGACCAUUAUCGAGAGUUUUUGACAGGGGAGUUUCCUCAGCAACCAUGUCCAAGUUCCAGCAGUCAAAGCUUACAGUCAUGUGACUUUGUCGUAUUAAUUGAGGACAACAAUAUAGAGGUGAAUGGCCUUGAGGAGCAACAAGAAAGAAGAUCUUGAGUCUGUGUUUGACACAAAUACUUUGAUUGUCUUUAUAUAGGCUGCUCUUAAGAAAUUAUGUAGAGUAGAUGACAUAUCUGUGGUUUGAGCAAUGAUUAUCAUAGUCUUUGUCAUUUGAAACAUCACUGCUAUGAGAAUGGAAAUGGUUCAUAACCUACUGAGAGAAAAAUUAAUGUUCUCACAGACAUUUUUCCCAACCACAAGAGGGCACAAGCUUACUUGACAAGAACUAGAAGGUACUAUUCUGAUCUUCUGUGCAAUAGCCAACUUCAAGCUUUCACUUAACACCCGGUAUCUCAUAGAACAAAAUCAUAUUUUUUUCAGCAUCAUGCAUCUUUUUUUUGCUUGAUGAAAAGUCUCAUCUGACCCCUCACCAUGGAGACUUGGGAGUAAAAUUCCAGGAUCAUUUUAGACUGGUCUGUGAACUUUUGCACCCUGGAUUUCUCCACAGAACAUCCUAGCACAGCAUGAGUCUGAACCAAAGAAUGUGCCAGCGGCAUACAAUACGUUGGAUGGCUUUAAAGAUGACAAGGAACAGUAUUAUGGCCCUUAACUGUUUCUCAAGAUGCCAUUUUCUCAACAUCUCCAUCCAAGGAAUGUUAUUUAAAAAAGCCUCCAUGCAGACCCACAGAGAGGAGGAAAAAGCUUCAAAUACUUAGUGGCAGACAGAUGUUUAUGCAGCUGAUGCUUGGACCAUGGAUGUUUUGUGACCUGCUAAAGACAUGCUUCCAUUGUUAUCCUGUAGUUGACAAUUUUGAAAACGUAUACACAAAAAUAAGUACACAUUUACACAUCUCAUUGUGAUUACAAUAAUGGCUAUUUCAAACAGUUGUCUACUGGUAAAUAGUGUUUCUCUGAUUUAAAAAACAAAACAAUGUAUAUGUAAAUGGUGUAAAAACCCACUCUGAAAUACUGAAGUAACCUUUGAGUUCAGUGAGUCUAAUAAAACCAUUCUUGUGUGCAAAG